AUGUCGCCCACAUACACCAUGUCCGCACACCUGUGCAAGUCUAUCUACGCCUCAUGGCGCGAAACCCGCCGUUCGCCUUCCGAUCUGCCCUCCCCCGGCGUCCAGGCCCCCAGCAUGACCUCCUACUUCCCUCGCAGCCCUUCUCCUGAGAAGCGCUCCAUGGACAGCGACCGCAGCGAGACCACCGUUCCCAUGUCUCGAUCACCGUCUGCCUCCUCGUGGCGCGGACCCAAAUAG